UUAAACAAAAUCUGAAGUUAAUUUGACUUAUUAAACAAUUUAACCCUAUUGCAAUAAGAAACAUUCAUAACCUUCAAUAAACAAUCAUACCAAUUGCAGUGAUGACUGCUAUAUAAACUGCUCGGUUGCUAUUACAACAUAUUCAACAAUAAGUUGGUUAGAGAGGCUUAGAGAGUAUAACAGUUUUGUCAACAUGGCCAAUCCCAAUUGGCCAUCUCUACUUAUGUUGGUCUUGGCUUUGUUUACCAUUGUUGUUCAUUCAAGUGCACAAUAUUCUCCUCCAUCACCACCACCAUAUGCUUAUAGUUAUCCAUGGCUUCCACCAUAUGUUUACAAGUCUCCUCCAUACGCAUAUAGCUCUCCACCGCCUCCUCCAUAUGUUUACAACUCGCCACCACCUCCUCCUUACGUCUACAGCUCUCCACCUCCUCCUCCCUAUGUUUACAAGUCUCCUCCACCACCUCCAUACGUUUAUAGCUCUCCACCACCACCACCACCAUAUGUCUACAAGUCUCCUCCACCACCUCCAUAUGUCUAUAGCUCUCCACCACCACCACCGUAUGUCUACAAGUCUCCUCCGCCACCUCCAUACGUAUAUCCCUCUCCACCACCUCCUCCGUAUAUUUACAAGUCUCCUCCCCCACCUCCAUAUGUCUAUAGCUCUCCACCACCUCCUCCGUAUGUCUACAAGUCGCCUCCACCACCUCCAUACGUCUACAGCUCUCCACCGCCUCCUCCCUAUGUUUACAAGUCUCCUCCACCACCUCCAUACGUCUAUAGCUCUCCACCACCACCUCCAUAUGUCUACAAGUCUCCUCCACCACCUCCCUACGUCUAUAGUUCUCCACCACCACCACCAUAUGUCUACAAGUCUCCUCCACCACCUCCAUAUGUCUAUAGCUCUCCACCACCACCACCAUAUGUUUACAAGUCUCCACCACCACCACCGUAUGUCUACAAGUCUCCUCCACCACCUCCAUACGUCUAUAGCUCUCCACCACCUCCUCCGUAUGUCUACAAGUCUCCUCCACCACCUCCAUACGUCUAUAGCUCUCCACCACCUCCACCAUAUGUCUACAAGUCUCCUCCACCACCUCCAUACGUCUAUAGCUCUCCACCACCACCACCAUAUGUCUACAAGUCUCCUCCACCACCUCCAUACGUCUAUAGCUCUCCACCACCUCCACCAUAUGUCUACAAGUCUCCUCCACCACCUCCAUACGUCUAUAGCUCUCCACCACCACCACCAUAUGUCUACAAGUCUCCUCCACCACCUCCAUACGUCUAUAGCUCUCCACCACCUCCACCAUAUGUCUACAAGUCUCCUCCACCACCUCCAUACGUAUAUAGCUCUCCACCACCACCACCAUAUGUCUACAAGUCUCCUCCACCACCUCCAUACGUCUAUAGCUCUCCACCACCUCCUCCUUAUGUCUAUAAGUCUCCUCCACCACCUCCAUACGUAUAUAGCUCUCCACCACCUCCUCCGUAUGUUUACAAGUCUCCUCCACCACCUCCUUAUGUCUACAGCUCUCCACCGCCUCCCCCGUAUGUCUACAAGUCUCCUCCACCACCUCCUUAUGUCUACAGCUCUCCACCGCCUCCCCCGUAUGUUUACAAGUCUCCUCCACCACCUCCCUACGUGUAUAGCUCUCCACCACCUCCACCAUAUGUCUACAAGUCUCCUCCACCACCUCCUUAUGUCUACAGCUCUCCACCACCUCCACCAUAUGUUUACAAGUCUCCUCCCCCUGCACCUCCGUACGUGUACAAUUCUCCUCCAUCACCAUCUUACAUCUACAGCUCUCCGCCACCUCCAAGCUAUAGUUAUAGCUAUAGCUCACCCCCUCCACCAAUAUACUAACCAUAUAUACAUGAUGAAGUGAGUUUCAAAAGAAGCUUUUACUAAUAAGUUACGACCAUGGUAUCCAUGGUUUUACAAUAUUUCCCUUUCGAGACUUCAUUAUAGAAGAAAUGUACUUUCGUUUGUACUUAUACUUUGUGCAUUUUGACUUUGGGUUGUUUGCUUAUGAUGUUUGUUAUGCCUACUAAAAGGCCAGUGUAUUAAUGUCUUAAUUUAUAGCUAUUGAAUAAACUCAAUUACUUUUUAA